CGUCGUGGUUCGAGAAUAUAUGGACAUUUGAGUACUAUUCGAGGUGUUGAAUACUACAAAGUAAAGCUGGCUUGUUUUAGCUUUUCUGCUUUCAUUUUGUUGGUUCACUUAAUCUUUCACAAUUGCGUCGAUAACCAAAUUGCCCUUUGAGGGGUGGGAAACUUCUCGUCAGGGAAGGCUUGUUUUGAAGCUUUCUGAAGCUGCCCAGAACUCUUUCUUUUUUGAGAAGUGUGACUGUGAGGACGGUCCUCCUUGGGUAGCCAGCUGAGACCUUUCUUGAACUGUCUACUGAAUUAGCCAUACUAGAAAUAUUUCUUGGAAUCUUCCAAAUUUGAUUUUAAAAUUUUUGUGCUAAUCAUUUUCAAACAUGAAAACCCAGCUGGGAAAUCUUUCAUCAGAAGUAAUUACUGAUAAGUCAGUCUUUGAAGUAAUUAGAGAUACAGUCAGUCAAGGGUUAAGUGAAGAACCAUUCUAUGUCCUUGAUUUAGCAGAUGUUGUGUACAAGAUGAAGUUGUGGCAGACAGCUUUGCCCCGUGUUCGUCCUUUUUAUGCUGUCAAAUGCAAUAAUCACCCUGUCUUACUGGAAUUUCUGGCUUCAUUGGGAAUGGGAUUUGACUGUGCCAGUAAGGUUGAGAUUGAAACUAUUCUAAAUAUGGGAGUUGACAAGUCUCGAAUCAUAUAUGCUAAUCCUUGCAAGACUCGAUCUUUCAUCAAGCAUGCUGCAGACAAUGGUAUUGCUCUGAUGACCUUUGAUAAUGAGAUGGAAUUGUAUAAGGUCAAAAAUCUUCAUCAGACUGCUAGGAUGGUUCUUCGUAUUAGGGUGGAUGACAGUGGAGCAGUAUGUCAACUAGGUAUGAAGUUUGGAUGUGACGUGACAGUAGCCCCGAGCUUGUUAAAGUUAGCCAAGGAAUUGGGAGUUAAUGUAAUAGGUGUGAGCUUCCAUGUAGGUAGUGGUAGUCAAGAUGUUAUGGCUUUCAGCAAAGCCAUAAAGUUGGCCCGUGAUGUGUUUGACAUGGGCUUAGAAUUAGGUUUUGAAAUGACUCUUUUAGACAUUGGUGGAGGGUUUCCUGGAACUCUGGUCUCAUCUAUGACUUUUGAAGAAGUUUAUUCUACUAUCAAUGAGGCACUGGAUGAACACUUCCCCCAUGACUGUGGUGUGGACAUAAUUGCUGAACCAGGCCGCUACAUGGUGGCAUCUGCUUUCACACUUUGUGUAAAUAUUAUAGCCAAGAGAACCACAACAAUGCCUGCAGAAAAUGGAGAAUCUGUCAACAUGUACUACCUGAAUGAUGGAGUAUAUGGAUCAUUCAACUGUAUAAUCUUUGAUCAUGCUGAAGUCACUCCAGAUCCCCUUUUGCCUGAAGACUCUAAAAGAGAUGUGUGUUGCAGCAGUCUGUGGGGCCCCACUUGUGACAGCAUGGACCGUAUUUUGCAGAGUUGUUACCUCCCUGACAUGAAUGUUGGAGAAUGGAUUGUUUUUCAAAAUAUGGGUGCCUACACCUUGGCUGCUGCUUCUACAUUUAAUGGCUUUGAAAAACCUUCUGUAAAGGUUGUUCUACCUUUAGCUACAUGGGUGUACUUGCAACAGUUACCAACAUGGCCUAAUCUGAUCAAAAACCUAGGACUGUGUCAAGCUCAACUAGACCUGUUUGUAGAUGACCAGACGACAUCUCAAGAUGUGUAUUUUCUGCACGUGGCUGAAACAGUCAGUGUAUGAGACUGUUACAGUUCAUUCCACUUCAUGUGUUUAUUGUAGUUUUAUACUUGUAACUUUCACUGUCUUGGUAGAAUGUGGAGCACUUCACCUAGAAAGUGUAUUUUGGUGUCAAGUUGAAUUAUCUUAGUAUGAGUUUCAAGCUGUGUUUGGGGGCUUCCUAGAAAUAUUUGGAAGGAAAAACGUUUACCUGGUAUGGCUACCAUUUACCUUGCUAAAAAUUAAAGCUUUGAUAUUGGUGGUUGAAUAACUUGCAAGUUAAUUUUGUCCUUUGUGUCAUUCCUUUGAACUAUGGGAUUGCUCUACCAGCUUCUUAAACUAUACAUUGUACUUUAUUUAGUGUAAUAAAAUAGUUUUUAUUUCUUUCA